AUGCUACACCAAACCCAGGACUGGUUCAGACGCGGAUGGAAGCGUCGCAUCACAGACCCGAAAGCCUCUCCGCCGCCGUACGACUCCCUGGGCCCGAUUCCGCCCUCUGCAAUCACUGCCCGCGCCAUCGCCGAGGGCCCGGACGCAGCCAGUGCCAUGGACAAAGGGCUGCGACGGAUCAACACUGCCGGCCCUAAGAUCAUUCGAUCCUACGGUGUAGAGCACGAUCACCGUCUUGUCGAUUUCAUAUGGGCCGCUGCGAUAUCCGCCUCAGCUGACACUACUGCCCGUAUCAUUGCUCAGUCGCCCAACCCUUCAUAUGCCAUCAAUUUGGCCCGCAACACAGAGGCUAGCCUGGCCAAUGGCUCCGCCGACGCGCUUGCUCUCUAUUGCAUCAACAUCGCUCAAGCUGGCAGCGGUGUUCGAGUACUGGGGCACAACUCGCUAUGGCAGCAGCGAGAAUAG